AUGUUGUCAGAAGCCAUGGACGACGUGGAUCGUGCGCUGGAGUUUGAGGAGAUGGCCGGCGGCUUCUUCAGCCCGGAGGAUGACGUAGACGAGGCGAAGGAGGAUCCAGUUGGCACCAAGAGGUCCCGCCCAAGUGUUUCCAGUUCACAUGAAGGCCCGACUGAAGGAAGCUUGCCAAGUCAAAUUGAUCGGAUGCAUCAGACUCAGACUCAACAGGCCCACAGCCAAACUCCAGUGGAUAUUCUGGCGGAGCGCAUUCAAGCACUAUCACUUGCAGAGAGUUCUGGUUGUAUCAGAGGCCCAGGACUGAUCAGUGGCCAUCCGUGUCCCAUCAUGCCAGAUCAUGUCCGCUGUCGCUUUGAGGUGGGAGGAGUUGAAGUCUUGUUUCCCUUUGCUCAACCAUUAGAUCCUCAGAAGGCAGUGAUCAAAAGCGUCUUGGAGGCUCUCUCUUUGAACAAGCAUGCUGUGCUGGAGAGUCCCACAGGAACCGGGAAAACUGCUGCGGUAUUGUGUGCAGCUCUAGCUUGGCAGAGGCAUCGUAUGUCAAAGUCCGGUACAGCGCCACAAAUCAUGUAUGCCACUCGCACCCACGCACAAGUGCGGCAAGCAAUGAAGGAACUCGAAAGAACUCCGUACCGUCCGGUCGUUGCCGCACUUGGCUCACGAGAGGCAGGCCUUUGUGUCAACUCGCAAGUCUUGGAAUCAGCUGACAAUGAGGGGCAAAUCCGACAGGCUUGCCGCCAAGCCCGCCAGCAAAAGAGUUGCCAUUGUGCUGAUCUCACUAGCCGGGUGGUGAUUCUCGAUGAAGCGCACAAUGUAGAAAGCGUUUGCCGCGAUGCCGGCUCGGCCGAGCUGAAUCUGGACCAGCUGAAAGCCGCCCUCUCGGCAGUGAAGAGGGUCCUAGGAGAAGACUCUGGGCAAGUCAGCAGAGUUGCCAGCAUUCCUGCACCGGUUACAAGUCAAAAGUCCACUCCUGUGGAGGAACUUGGAGGCUUCUUUUUGCCUGCGACCGUCACGGAAGCCUCGGAGAAGCCCAAAGGACCUAAGCUGGUUCCAAAGACUCGGUCUCAAGGACUGCUAAAUGCUGUGCGUCCGUUAGCCGGCCUGCUCCAGCGAGUUUGUAACUUUAUUUCCGAUGUCCGUGAACCCAUCACCUACGCUCCGCACCUACCGGAUCACCAACGAGUCCCUGCACUGUUGCGGAUUCUGAAGCUGGAUUCCGAGCCGUUGCUUCGAUUCAAUCAGCCAGGUGCAGGGCGUUCCCGGAAUGAGGGAAACAUGCCACGUGCAGAGGCUUUGCUUCGUGAGCUGGUCGGCCGUGGGCUCAGUGGGUCUUUUUCCGCUCAGCUGGAACUUGCUGCCUCACUCUUUGGACAGUUGGGUGCAGCGGUGAGACGCCCAGACUUGUAUGUAGCUCGCGCCCAUCCAGGUGGGCAAGGUCAACAAGCUCAUUUGCACUUGUGGCUCAUGAGCGCAGAAGGAACUCUGGGGACAUUGUGUAUGGAGCUUCAUGCCCUGGUAUUGAUGUCCGGAACGUUGUCACCCUUGCCAACCACGAUUGCUGAAUUAGGUCCAACCUUUCAUUCCAACGCACUUCUGCCGGUUGCGGCCAAUCAUGUAGUUGGACCAGAGGCGUUGAGAGUAGUUACUGUGGCUCAGCAAGCUGCCAGCACAAGUUCAAAACUCGAAUGCACCUUUCAUGCGUGGAAGCGCUUACCGUUCCUACUCUCGAUAGGGCAUGCGUUGGUGAAAAUUGUGAAAGCAAUACCCGCUGGAGUUCUGGUCUUUCUGCCUUCCUAUGAUUUGCUUGAGCGAUGCCUGGAAGCAUGGCAGAAGACCGACAACGAUGACAAGUUGCUCUCUUGUGAGACAGUUCGAAGGAAGGGUAGAGGCAAAGGAGGGCGGCAAGGCACAAAACGCCGGUAUCGUGGAGCUGUUGAGAGGGUUGAGGAGUUGCCAGAAACAACGGUGGAAAGUGGGCGCAGCAUCAUGGAUGAACUUCGAGCUGCCAAGGGAACCAUUGUCCUGGAACCUCCUCCAAUGUGCCAAACGUCAACAGCAACUGUGGCCCGUGUCUAUCAAGCUGCCAAGGACAGGUAUGAAAAGGCUGUCAUGCAAAGCGGGCAAGCUGCUUUGCUGGCAGUUUACAGAGGGCGAAUGAGCGAAGGCGUUUCAUUUGAUGAUGAUUUUGCACGUGGAGUCAUAUGCAUUGGAAUUCCCUUUCCCAAUCUUACUGAAGAGCGGCUUGCGCAGAAACGCGCCUGCAACGAUUUUUGGCUUGCACAAAGGCUGGGUGUGGUCUCUGGCGAUGCUUGGUACGAAUCCAAGGCUUUACAUGCUGUAGCGCAGGCUUUGGGCAGAUGCAUCCGACAUCCUCACGAUUUUGGUGCUUUGGUCCUUCUUGACAGCCGAUGGAAAUCCAGCCAGCUGCCACUGUGGUUGCAGCCGUUUGUGGUGCAUGAGAAUGAUGCUGAAGAUGCUGCGCUGCUUUUGCAGGAGCACUUUGCUCACCAUGUUGAGGCACUGCCACGGACAGGAUGUCCACAGGUGAAGUGUGACAAGGUCGAGACAAAGGGAGAGAAGUGCGACGCGAAAGAUGAAACAAAGGAUGAAAUCAAAGAUGAACUUAAGGAUGAGAUAAAAGAUGAGAUCAAGGAGGAACUUCAUGAUGUGAAUUCUCCUGGAUGUUUUGGAGCAGUUGCUGCCAAAUGGCUGGAUACAACUGAGACGCGACAAGGUCCACCAGCGACGCCGGCUCAUUCUCCACCACAGCCCAUUUUUCAAACACUUACUCGAAACACCGAAGGUGUCUACCUAGAUCUUGAUAGUGACUAG